UCGCAAGUGACAACCAGGAGACCUCUCCGUGUCACGUCAAUUCCCUGAAGACUUUCUCAAAUCCGGUCGGACGCAAGCUGCUGUAGCAUUAUGAAUCCGAGGCCACAAAACAAUAACAUGUAUGACGCUGCAGGUAACAACUUGAAUAGCAGCAACUCACGGACGGAGGAUGCUGACAUCAACUCGAACCCCUCAGAACUCCAACAAACACCACAGCCCCAGCAAAAUGAACGGACACUGCAAUAACGAAGGCAGCUCUCCUCCUACCCAGACACAGCUUGCAGAAGUGAAAGUGGGCGUGGCGAAAGGCGGGGAAACUGACAAUCACUUUCGACUGCAGUCAUUUACAUAUUAUUUUUAUCUACCAAUCGUUUCUUCGGCCAAUCACAUGAGCAUGGGUGGAUAUUCCAUGAUGCAACCUAAUGAAUCUAGAAGAAGUAAAUUACAGAGAAUGGCCAAGCAAGAAGAGGAGGAUUUACAGAGAUGGAAGGAAGAGCACAGGGCUGGUCCAGUCAAUCUUCCUCCUGAACGGCUAGGUGGAGCUCUGUCAAUGGAAGAGGCCAGGAGUAAUCAAGCUAUGCGUCAAAGACAAGCUAAAUAUCAACCAAAGCUAAAAAGAGAAGAACACGCAAAGAAACAAAAAGAGGCUGAAGAAGAGGAAAUUAAGAAAAUGAAAACUGUACAGAGGGAAAAGGUAAGAUUAGUUUCUACUGUGUAGUGGUUUUUGAACACA